AUGGAGCAGCUCGCUGUUGCCGUUUGCACCAUUUAUGUCAUCGGCUAUUCCGGCUAUUAUCUGACCAACCUGGCACGUCAUCUGACAUGUAUAUUCAGAGGUGCUGAACCUGAGAAUCCCAUUGCUAUCAAAGCUGAUGGUUUGUGCUUGGUAGAGCUGGUUGUAGAAAUCGAGCUGAAGAGAAAUAAGGUUCUAAAUGAUAGGGAGCUGCCUGUCCCUAACUCCACCAUCUGUCCACAGAGCCCAGAAGCAAGAGCAGACUCUGCUGUGGCUCCCUCUGCUCCUGGAGAAGAGGCCAAAGAGGAGCAAAAUGAGCAAAAGGAGCACGAGCCUCCAGCUGUGGUCACAGCCCAGCCUGACCAUGCCCAGACAGUCCAUCCAGAGAAAGAGCAGGAGCAGAUUGUUUUCUCAGGGAGGCCGUGCCAGCCUGAGGGAGAGCUGUUCCCAGCCCAAGAGCAGGAAGAGCAGCUGGGGCAGCAGGUGGAAGAGCCACUGGAGAAUGGCCAGAACAUCGAGGCAGAGCCCCAAGCAGAGCUGCCCGAAGCUCCGAGGGCCAUCAUGGCAGUGAAGAGGAGGCCUGAGGAAGACAGAAGCAUCGAAGAGGAGAUGAAUCUCCCCUGGCAGAGAGGAAAUCAAGAAAACCAGGUGAGUGAAAGUGUGGCAGACACUCCACUCAUGGAAAUUCCUCUCUGUCAUUCUUCACAGGCCUCCGAUGAAGAGCUGCUGGCAGAGCUGCAGGAAACUGAGGCUAGGAUCAGGGCAAGGGAGGAGAGGCUGGAGGAAGAAAGGAGACUCAUCGAAGAGAAAUUCCAUCUCCUCGCUCAGCAGCAAGAGGCUCUAGAAAAUCGAGUGGACGUGUUGAUAUCUCACCUGGCAGCCUGCGAAGGCUUCCAGCAAAUGCCUGCUGAUGAAGAGCCCCAAGGUCGGCGGGAGGCACAGAUCUACACAGGCUCUUCCAUUCAAUCUGCUGCAGCAGCAGCAGCAGCAGCAUCUAAAGGAGCCUUUGUUCCCCAAGCUGAGCAGUGGAGCCGGGGCAGUUUGUCCAUUUCCAGCAGUGACACAUCUGCUGCUCAGCUCCAGGAGAGCCAGGGAGACUUCGUGGAGCAACUGAGGAGAAUGGUGAACAAGGAAAAUCCCAUCACAAAAUACAUUGAACUGGAAAGUCUUGGCAGUGGGGGUUUUGGAGAGGUUUCCAGAGCACUUGACAUUGCAACAGGAGGAGAGGUGGCCAUAAAGAAAAUAAAUGUGCAAGGAGUGAGUAGGAAGAUACUAACCAUGAAUGAAAUCAGGAUCAUGGAGAGUAAUAGGAGUCCCAGGAUCGUGAAUUACUUAGCCAGCUACCUUGUGCAUGAGGAACUCUGGCUGGUGAUGGAGUACAUGGACGGAGGCACUCUGAGAGAUCUCAUUGACGAGAUUCAAAUGUCUGAAGGAGAGAUUGCAGCUGUCAGUCGGGAGUGCCUGCAAGGACUGGAUUUUCUUCACUCCAACCACGUGAUCCAUCGAGAUGUCAAGAGCAACAACAUCCUUCUCAGAACCGACGGCUCUGUCAAGCUGGCUGAUUUUGGCCUUUCUGCUCAGCUCACCCCUGAGCAAAAUCAGCGGUGCUCGGUGACCGGGACUCCUUGGUGGAUGGCACCUGAAGUGGUGAAGCGUCAACCAUAUGGCCCCAAAGUGGACGUGUGGUCUUUUGGAAUUGUGGCAAUUGAAAUGGCCGAACAAAAAACUCCUUAUGACAGUUUCACUGCUCGAUCGGUAAGGAGCAAAUACUCUCUGAUCCCGCUGUCUUUCUCACCUGUCCCGUGUUCUCUGCUCACUGCACAAAAUCCCAUGGCCAUCUGCUGGAAGUACUUCCACCAAGGCCCCUUCUACAAAUGGCCCUGCAGCACAUCAGCAUCUGCUGGAGCUUUGGUUGCAGCACUGGGGGAACUCAAGCCUUACCUCGCCCAAACCAUCUCCAUUCUCAGGCAGCAUUUUGCUUUGCCUUACAAGUCGUUCCAGCUCUUUUGGCUGUGUAGAUGGCCCCAAGAAUAGGAAACAAGCAUCUCAGAGCUGCUGUUAUCUUUCCAGAAAUGAAGCAAAGAAACUCAAACCAAACCAAGUUUCUAAAACAGUGCUUUUGAGAGAAGAAGUGCAGCCCCAUUCUUCUCACAGGGAAACUUGCCUGAAACCUGGAGAUGAGGCUGUAAAGCCAGAGUCUCUUCUGCUUCUUGUGCAGUGCUGCUGAGACACUCAGUGACCACCUUCUUUCCUAACCCAAGCCACUUUCUCCAUAUCACCAAGCUGGAGCCUGGUGACGGGGAGAGCCUGCCAAAACCUCCUGUUUGUUUCCUGGCACUUUCUGGGAUGGGCACAGCGUUAAUGCAUUGACUUGAGAAUCCAACGAGCACAGGGUUACCACAGGGAUGACACUUCUGAUUUCACCAUGAAUAUUUUCCUUUUGCCACCUAAGGGAACCUGAAAUUUUCAGAGUGCUGAGAGACAGAGCUGCAGGUG